ACUUACGCUGGCACUCCGACGGUGAUCAAUUGGGUGGAUCCGGGCCGAGGCGAGACGCGGAUCCGGACGAAACUCGCCUGGGGGGCGCAGAUCUCGAGAAAGAAGCAAGACUUCAGGGUCGUCGAAUUCGACUUGCCGCCGUAUUCGAGACUGCAAAUCACACUCGACGGCUCUGUGCAAACCCGACGCAGGCCCUACAGUGCCAAACUCACCACGUUCUACGCCUCCAACUCGCAAAAGUCCCGCAAAAUCCGAGGGCACUUUUUGGACGAAGACCUGGUUUCUGUUGAGGUGCGGAAGGAAAAGUUUCAAUUGCUGCGAGUGGAACCGGGGGUUUCGACGGACCAGUCGAUACUCGACGCGGAACGGCUCCAGUCGUCGAUCGAGAUCGACGUUCGCAAUGCAAUCACGUCAGUGUCGCCCCCUGACACUGACACCAACGCCAUUCCGAAGGUGCAAGAGCACGAGGACGACUCCGCGCGGGUGUUCUGGGACCUGAAGCAAGGAGCCGCGGGAUCCGUGGAAGACGACACCACCUUCUGGGAAACGGUCAUUAACUCCGGAUGUCCGCGGAGUAAUGCACGCCUAGGAGGCGAUGAUGACGAGCGAUGA